AUGUCGGGCACCGAGCGCCUGCCACUGCUAGUCAUCGGGAAGGCGCGUAACCCGAGGUGUUUUAAGAACAUUCACCACUUUCCUGUGCAAUAUCACGCCAAUAGAAAGGCCUGGAUGACCUCGGAUAUUUUCCAAGCUUGGCUGCGCCAGCUCGACCGCCGCUUCUCUGCUAACAAGCGCAAGGUUUUACUUCUAGUUGACAACUGCAGCGCUCAUACCAGAGUGACAGGGCUGGAGUGCAUCGAACUUGUAUUUCUACCUGCAAACACGACGGCUGCUCUGCAACCGCUGGAUCAAGGGAUAAUUCAGCACGUAAAAAGCAGGUACAGAAAGCAUGUGCUGGAACGGCUCCUGCUGUGCAAGGAAGCAGGGCGAGAAUAUGACCUGACUCUCCUAACCGCAAUUCACAUUUUAGCGCAUGUCUGGAGCGAAACGCCGCCCGCGGUCAUUGCAAAUUCUUUCCGGCACAGCGGCUUUGUCCACCCUGACGACUCGGAUAUUCCUCCAGAGGCCACUCCAGAGGACACCCGCGAGCCCACUGGAAAUGUGGACGACGAGGUGAAUGACACGCGUUUUGACUCUGUCCUUCCUAGUGGCGUCCAGAUUUUAGACUACGUCGCUAUAGACUAUCAUGUUGCCGUUGCUGGUCCGCUGACUGACGAUGAUAUAUUAUCGGAAGUGCUUGAAGAGGACCAAAAUCACUGUUCCGAUGAUGACGGUCAAGAUGAGCCGCCAACGCGACGUCGCCGCACCGUGCAGGAGGCCGCCGAAGCCCUCGCUGUCCUCGAGGAGUUCUGCGUUUGUUCUCGCGACAGUGAACGUGCACACCACCACCUGAUGGGAUUAAAUAAGAUCGUUCUGUCAGAAAUUCCGACGGCGAGGCAGACGAAAAUAACGCACUUUUUCAAGAAAUAA